CAGGCUCUGGCCUGUUUUGUCUCACGCUUACACGUUGACGAGUAACGACCCGCUAACUCUCGAAUCCAUUCGCCGCUGAAUCCAUUAAUCACUGCUCGAUCAAACCGCACAGCUGUCAAGAUGAACAAAUCCAGAACCAGCACCGACGGCAACUGCGGCUCCAAUUCAGAGACCAACGCGACCUGUCUCAACUCUACGUUUGGCAACUGCUGCUCGUCCAAGGGCUACUGCGGCUCGACCACAGCCUACUGCGGCGAAGGAUGCCAGCUCGAAUUCGGGACCUGCAAUGACGCCAGCGUGCAGACGGUCAGUACAACGGGAUCGUGCGGAGCGACCUUGACGAGCAAUGUCACUUGCCUGGGCAGCGAAUACGGCGACUGCUGCUCGCGCAUGGGAUACUGUGGAGGGAAUUCCAGCUACUGCGGUGAUGGAUGCCAGUCUGAGUUCGGGAGCUGCGACCCCAGCUCCUCGACGUCGAGUUCGAUUUCGAGCUCUACUGCGAGUUCAAGUGCGAGUGCGAAUCCGAAUCUUCUUGCCAAUCUGACUGGAACCGGCGAUCCCGAUUCCGAGCAGGGUGUCGACGGCGGCUUGAGUACGGGCGCCAUUGCCGGUAUCAGCGUCGGGUCUGCUGUGGGAGGAUUGGCCAUACUCGCACUUUUGGGCUGGUUCUUCUUCAUGCGGCGGAGAAGGAGCACCCCCGUGCCCGAGCCCGACUACAAGAAGGACCCGAGCCAGAUGGAAUCGGUGGUUGUCAUGGGUCAUGAGAUAGCUGGAGAGGGGGCACCGAUGCAUGAAAUGGAUGGACAGCAGACACACGAGAUGGAGGCAAAGGCACGUAUCCAGGUUCCAUAUGAACUACCGGGCUCGCGCUGA